UGGACCAAAAGCCACAUCUCAGCCACUGAGGGGGGAAAAAAGAAAAUACAAAUCUUUUCAGUUCUUAAAGUUUAAAGCCGCACUUAACACAAUGCAUUGCCUGAAAAGUCUGAGGACAGCCAACCCGGGGGUUUUGCAUCUAUUUAAAAAUGCAGUCAUCUCCGCCAGAGUUGGAGCUGACAUGUCCAGGAGUCAGCAACCUGUUGCUUCCCUCAGCUGGACAGCAUCAUCCCACACCCUCAAAGCCUUUCAUCAACAGGGCCCUGGUGUGGACCAAGGACACUCAAAAAGUCGCUUGAUGUCCAGUAUGGAGGACUUACUUUUCUACACCAUCACUGAUGGGAAGGAGAUGAUUCCUCUUUCCCAGUUUAUCUCUGCUUUGAAAAAGACAGGUUUAUUGACAUCUGACCCCCGGCUGCGUGACUGUGUCCGUCAGAUGCGACAGUCCACACAUGACGCUGUUGGUCCAGUCAUGAUGGACAAGAAGCUCUUUAGAAGGUGUGUGGGCAACAACAUCAUGUUGCUGACCAAGGCUUUCAGAAGAAAAUUUAUCAUCCCUGACUUUCAAGCAUUUACUAACCUGAUCAAUAAGAUGUAUGACAAUGCACAUCAGCAAGAUGGAGGACACGUAGCUGAUUACAUUCCACAACUGGCUAAAUUCCGCCCUGAACUCUGGGGUGUGUCUCUAUGCACAAUUGAUGGACAGAGAUAUUCAGUGGGUGACACCAAGAUUCCUUUCUGCCUGCAGUCGUGUGUGAAGCCUCUGGAGUAUGCCAUCGCUGUGCACGAGCUUGGCAGUGAGCAUGUUCACCACUUUGUGGGAAAAGAGCCAAGUGGUUUCAAGUUCAACAAACUGUCACUAAAUGAAGAAGAUAAACCACACAACCCCAUGGUGAACGCUGGAGCUAUUGUCAUCAGUUCUUUGAUCAAGCCCCAUUCAAAUAAGGCAGAGAGGUUUGACUCUGUAAUGGAGUUCCUGAAAAGCAUGGCCGGUGCAGAGUAUGUGGGAUUCAGCAAUGCAACUUUCCAGUCAGAGAGGGAGACCGGUGAUAGAAAUUAUGCAAUUGGUUAUUACCUAAAGGAGAAAAAGUGUUUUCCUGACUAUGCAGACAUGAUUGCAGCCCUUGACUUCUACUUUCAGUUGUGCUCCAUAGAGGUAACCUGUGAGUCAGCAAGUGUCAUGGCUGCCACACUGGCCAAUGGGGGCAUUUGCCCAAUCACAGGAGACCGUGUGUUAAGUGCAGAAGCCGUUCGCAACACCCUGAGUCUCAUGCAUUCUUGUGGCAUGUACGACUUUUCUGGACAGUUUGCCUUCCAUGUGGGCCUGCCGGCUAAAUCUGGAGUUUCAGGUGCUGUACUGCUGGUGGUUCCUAAUGUCAUGGGUAUUAUAUGUUGGUCUCCUCCACUAGAUCGGCUUGGAAACAGUGUUCGUGGUAUUCACUUCUGUCAGGAGCUCGUAUCUUACUUCAACUUCCACAAUUACGACAACCUGAGGCACUUUACGAAGAAGCAUGACCCCAGGAGGCGAUCAGAUGAUGAUCCAAACAAGUCAGUGGUGAACCUGAUGUUUGCAGCCUACAGCGGUGAUGUAUCUGCUCUGAGGAGGUUUGCUCUUUCAGCUGUGGACAUGGAGCAGAGGGACUACGACUCCCGCACAGCGCUCCACAUCGCUGCUGCUGAAGGCCACACGGACGCUGUGGUUUUCCUAACUGAAAUAUGUAAAGUGAAUCCCUAUAUUAAAGACAGAUGGGGGAACACACCCCUAGAUGACGGCAUGCAGUUUGGCCAUGAUGUUAUUGUUUCAGUCCUGCAAAAGUACCACAGUGUGUACACUGACAGCAACUCACAAAGCAACACAGAGGAGCAGAAGACCACACUGGACACAAUAAAGAGCACUCUGUGAAGCUCACAGGAUUGCGAGGAUUUGUUAUCCAAAUCUUCUGAAGAAUGAAUGGACGUAUAGGAUGAUUGAGAAAAUUGAUGGAUGAUUGAAUUUUUAUUUAAAAUGUGGUAAAAUGUGUCAUCCUUUAGACUUCUAAACACUGCAGGUUUGGUUGCUAAUGUGUGGGAAAGCACAGUAUCAACAAGCAAUGUGCUGCUUGUGUAGAGAAAAAUGCUUUUGACAGACUUGGCAGUUUGGUUUAUGUAGAAAUAUAAAUGCUGCUUUGGUGUUCAUUCUGAUAGAUGUAAAUAUUUAAUAUAUAUUACCAACAUGUUGAAAUAUUGUAUAUUUUGUUUAAAUUCUAUUUGUUUAUGCUUCCUGUGGAAAAACUACAAUAUUCUUAGAGCUGUUGCAUCAAUAAUUCUACCUCGACAGAUGUAUUAGUACAUUUAGGAUUAUUAAACUCCAGGACUUUCUCCAUCUGUGAAAUACCAUGCAUAUCAGUAGCCCAGUUUUUCCACAUUCAGCUUACAUCUUCUAUAAAAACAUUACUAACUUGUUUUAUCAUAGCCAUCUGUGCAUGCUCAUUAAGUGAUGGGGUUUCUGAUAUUUUUACACAUUUUUGUUUUGCUUUCUCACCACCUGCCAUUAUUUAUCCUUUUUUUUUAAGUUUCAGUGAUAUUAUUCUUCAGCAUAAUUUCUGUACAAAUCCUCAGUCACUCUGGAUAUCAUCACCCUGCUGUAAAUAAAAAAAACAUGGAAGCAG